UCUCAAACGGUCGAAUUGCACACCCCUCCUCUCUCUCUCUCUCUCAUCUGGGUCAUCCCAAUGUUCAACUUCCAGCACUUUUGAGGCCUUUUCUGCGACUUGGGUUUGCUUAAGAGAUGGAUUUCCUCAAGUGGGUUGUGAUGGGCUUGGUGUAAAGAAUGAGAAAAUCGAUUUGUAUGGAACUUGGGGUCUUGAACUUUCUCGGCUCAUUGCCUCACUCCAUUGACAUCGAAUGCCGAUUUCGCUUCCAAUCGGCAUUCGAUCCCUUCUGCAUUGCCUCCGAAGCCUUCUAUGAGCGUCGUCGGUUGUUGACCCGAUUAACCGCGAUUGCUCCCAUUAGCUGAAUGAGAGAACACACUUUUUAAAGAAUAAAAUUUAACCCACAAAACUAUUUAAUAAAGCAAAAACAAAUUAUAUAAAAAGUCCUUGUCUUUCUGGUAGCUGUUUGGUUCUUCACAGGAAAUGGAUACAGGGGUUAGUUUGGUUCCACCAUCAAGUAAUGGAAUGCUUUCGAAGGUGAAGCCUCCCAAUGAAGAGGCCGAUUAUGCAGAGAGAGACCCGAGCAAUCGAUAUGUUCGGUACAAUGAAAUCUUGGGCAAGGGUGCCUUCAAGACUGUCUACAAGGCAUUUGAUGAAGUUGAUGGAAUAGAAGUCGCUUGGAACCAAGUGAAGAUUGAUGCUGUCUCGCGAUCACCAGAAGAUUUGGAAAAAUUGUACUCUGAAGUUCAUCUGCUGAAAUCACUGAAUCAUGAAAAUAUUAUUAAGUUUUAUAAUUCCUGGGUGGAUGACCACAAAAAUACUAUUAACAUGAUUACUGAGCUCUUCACAUCUGGAAGUCUAAGGCAGUACCGGAAGAAGUAUAAAAAUGUCGAUACUAAGGCCAUAAGGAAUUGGGCGAGGCAGAUUCUCCGAGGUUUAGUCUUUCUCCACAGUCACAACCCGCCUAUCAUUCACAGAGACUUAAAAUGUGACAAUAUUUUCAUCAACGGAAAUCAUGGAGAAGUUAAAAUCGGAGACCUGGGAUUGGCAACUGUUAUGCAACAACCUACUGCUCGAAGUGUGAUUGGGACUCCUGAGUUUAUGGCUCCAGAGCUCUAUGAAGAGGAGUAUAACGAACUCGUCGACAUAUACUCUUUCGGGAUGUGCAUGUUAGAGAUGGUUACUUUUGAGUAUCCAUAUAGUGAAUGCAAAAGUCCUGCUCAAAUAUUUAAGAAGGUUACCUCUGGCAUUAAACCUGCAUCCCUUGGUAAGGUGAAUGACCCCCAAAUUAAAGAGUUCAUUGAGAAAUGUCUGGUUCAAGCAUCCGAGAGGCUUUCUGCAAAAGAGCUGCUCAAAGACCCAUUCCUUCAAGUUGACAACCCGAUGGAACCAAUCCGUGAUCCCUUACAGUUACCUAACCAAAGUUUGAAAGUAAUAAAUUUACCCAAGUCGGGGCCUCUUUCCAUGGACAUAGAUACUGAUUAUAAGCAGCUAUCUAUAAGCACAUGUGCAGGAAGCAACAAUGGAAGUCCACAGGUUCUGGAAUUUCUAAGGACAAAUAAAAACAACCAGUUCAGGUUAAAUGGGAUGAAAAAUGACGAUGAUUCAGUCUCAUUGACCUUGCGUAUUGCUGAUGCAUGUGGUAAGGUGAGGAACAUACAUUUUCUCUUUUACCUUGCUACUGAUACCGCAGUGUCUGUGGCGAGUGAGAUGGUUGAACAACUGGAGUUAACAGAUCAUGAUGUAGCCUUCAUUGCUGAGUUUAUUGAUUACUUGAUAAUGAAACUUCUACCCGGUUGGAAGCCUUCAUCUGAUUAUUCCUCAAGCGGACCAGUAAGUCCUUAUGGUGGCCAACCCUCAAUGUCCAGCCUGUGGGGUUCAGCGCUAUCUGGUAUUCCUUCUAGUUCCGGGGUUGAGCAAGAUGGUAGUUGCUGUGAUAACACUGAAACAGUUAAUUGUAAUGGUGGCAUUACCUCUUAUCCAAGCUUUGCUGAUUUUGCUGAUGAACAUUCGAAAGUAUCAGUUGAGUCUGCUGUACUGGUUGAUGAUGCUUCCACCAAAAACGACAAAGUAGCUGAAUCUGUUGAUUGCAGCAAUACUGCUGGAAGCUGCAUGUGCUCAUUUUUUUAUGACAUCAAAUUUCAAAGCAACUAUGCUAGUAAUGCAGAGGAAUGCUCUCUGGUGAAUGGGAUCACAGAGAAGUUGGUGUUUCCGUUGCUUGAAAUUGAAGCACCAAAGGUUAUGAGCUUGACAAGCAGCUGUUCUUCACUGUCUUUGGCAGAUAAUGAUCUGGAUGCUGAGUUGAAGUCGGUACUUGAUACCAUUGAAUCACAGUACCAGCGCUGGUUCCAAGAACUCUCUAGGAUGAGGGAGAAAGCAUUGGAAGUGACUAGAAAGAGAUGGAUAGAAAAGAAGAAAGUGCCUGUUCACUAAUUUAGAUCAUACUGAACCCAUAUUUUCUCUAAAAAAUUUCCCCUGUUUGACCACUUUUAUCUGCGUUUAUAAUGUUCACUGGUAUUUCUAUUUAACGGUCGACAAGAUGUUUAACCUUUGUAUUGGAUGCGGCUCACUUUUUUCAGAAGGCGUGAUCCUUCUCUGGACUAAAUUUUGUGCUGA